AUGGUGAAAGAAACUCGUCUUGGAAUCACUGCAAAGAAAGAUGAAGAUUUUGGGAAGUGGUAUUCCGAGGCUUGUAGAUUUGGUGAAUUGGUUGAAUACUACGAGUCUGUAAAGGGAUGCUACAUUCUCAAGCCAUCAGGCAUCAGCGAUGAAUAUUUGGAACGUUAUACGAACACCACACUCAAGGGUUUGCUCCAGAGGUUGCUUGGGUUACAAGAGCUGGUGGAUAAGAGGACACAGGGACCUCCCUUUGAAGCCGCGUGUAUGACUCAUGGAGAUGACAAAGGUUUAGUAUUCCCUCCUAAAGUGGCACCUGUUCAAGUUGUUGUAAUCCAUGUUCCCAUCAAAGGCGCUGCUGAUUAUCAAGAACUUUGUGAUGCUUGUGAAGCUGUUGAAUCCACCUUGCUUGGGGCUGGAAUCCGUGCUGAAGCAGAUAUACGCGACAACUAUUCUUGCGGAUGGAAGUAUGCGGAUCAAGAACUAACGGGUGUUCCUUUGAGAAUUGAAACUGGACCUAGAGAUUUGGCCAAUGAUCAGGUGAGGAUAGUGACGCGUGACAAUGGAGCUAAGAUGGAUGUCAAGAGAGGGGAUUUGAUUGAACAAGUUAAGGACUUGCUAGAGAAAAUCCAGAGUAACCUCUAUGAUGUGGCAAAGAGAAAGGUUGAAGAAUGUACUCAAAAGGUUGAAACUUGGGAUGAAUUUGUGGAAGCUUUGAGCCAAAAGAAACUGAUUUUAGCUCCAUGGUGUGAUAAGGUUGAAGUGGAGAAGGAUGUGAAGAGGCGUACCAGAGGUGAUGAAACAGGAGGAGGAGGAGGAGGAGCUAAGACUCUAUGUACUCCUCUUGAGCAGCCUGAACUAGGAGAAGAGACUCUAUGCUUUGCAUCAGGAAAGCCAGCCAAGAAGUGGAGCUACUGGGGAAGAAGUUACUAA